AUGGCUAAUCCUGCCAGCAGGAGCGUGCAUUAUCCCAUUGCUGGGGGAGGUUCUCCGGCCCCUCCAGGCACUGGGGUCACUGUGGGUGUCUCCGGCCCCUUCACCCUCCCUGCGGGCAGCCCAGGAGCCCCCGCCGCUGGCCCUGCUCCCCUCCCUUUGGGAAGCGAGCCCCCAGAAAGCCUGGGAAUUAUGGAACGCCCCGGGAGCCAUGCAAAGGCUGUGUGGGCUCCUUUGAACUCUCCUGAGCAGCUUAUGGCCCCCGGGCGUUACGGUGGGCACGCAGCCCGGCACCCGCUCCCAUUAUCGCCCGGAUCUGCCCCUUGGCCGUGGGCUGGGUGCGUGCCCCUGGGACCCCCGCCUGCCGGCUCGCUGCCAUGUGUUUGUUUCUUCUUGUCUCUUCCAGUUUGGCUCUGCGGGAAACUCUCACUCCACAUCCUCCGUGCCCUGGUCCCGGCUCCUCGGCCAGAUCUCCUGCCGGCAGCACUCGUGGUUGGAACUGCAGCCACCGUCACAGGCAGGAGGGUUGUGCUGGCGGAGGGGGACACGCGCUGCUGCCUGCUGCGGGCACGGGAGCUGCUGGAGAAGAUGGCUUCUGGGGGAGGCAGGAUGAAACAAAAGGCUGGAAGGUCCCAGGCCCUCUCUUCCCCCGGCAGCCUUUCUGCGGCACUUGUCCUCCUUGCCACCUCUCUUUGGGCCUUGAACCUUUCCUGAAGCCAAGCACCGGCAUGCUGUGGCAGUCGUGGCAGCAGUUGUGAGGACGGUGCUGCCCAGCACCAGUGUCACUAAUGCACACGCAGGAGUCGGAGCCGGUCUGCAGCUUGGCAUCAGCCUGCAUAAGGGGUGAGCUGCGUGUGUGCCGGCGCUAGCAGCACUUGAAUUUGAGCCUGUCUGAAUUUGAGGCUUGAUUUUCUCUCACCCCUGCUCCUUUACUUUGUAACUAAUGACAAAUCAAGUCCAUUCAUUAAGAGGAGGAAUCUGAUCCUGCAAUUGAGGAAAGAUCGCUUCUGAGCUAUUCUUAGCUCACUAAGGAGUUGCGUUAAGAGGCAGAUUUUGUUUUCACAGCCCACCUGGCAGCUGAGAGUGCUCUUGUCAGAGGCUCUGCUCCUGCCCUGUGCUUCGGAUCCAGGCACAUGGCAGGGAGAUCACAGGGAGCCGCCUCCUGGCAUCCCUGAAAUUGUUUCUGUUAUCGGAUGGGAAGAACUGAGCAGUGCAGAAAGGAAGGAUUUGCCUUGUGCCACCGAUAACGCUAUUGUUAAUUACUGUGAUAGCACCAAGACGGCCUGCCGUGGCGGAAGGGCUGGAUAAUGCCCACAGAGAGCCCGACCCUUUCCUUGCAGUUCUGCAGUUAAACGCAGGCAGCAGCGAGGGCUGGACUUGGGGUCACAAGAGCCAUUUGGCAGAAGGGGCAACACAGGAAUUUGCGCCCAGGGUCACGCCUGGCAGUCGGCGGCACUGGCAAAAAGGAAAACGUUAACUCUGGUGUUGGCCGUCUCGGGCUGCCGGAG